GUGCACCAUCUUGAACCCAUGACUUGGCGGAUAGUAUGGAGCUGAAGUUACAAUAUAUCUGAUAUUUCAAAAAUAUAUUGGAUAUCAAAAUUAUAACCACUUGUAUCUGCGCAGUUCAUGCGAUCAAAAUUGCUGCCUUAUUAUCUGCCAUCAGGUUGGCGAGGCUUGAUUGAAGUGAAAAAUUCGAUCAACGUAAAAAUGGCAAGGCUGCAAUCGCACACAUCGCCAACUUCAAGUUUUUCAACAAGACUGUACAUUAUCAAAGUGAGUUCAACAUGAAAUCAAAUAAACAUUGCCAUGGAGAAGAAAAAUAUUGAUUCAUCAUCAACAUCAUUUUGCCUCACUCAAUAAAUAAUUCUUUUCAAUUUUCCAUCAAAUUGGGGUUGUUAGCCCUGGGACUCGGCUAAUAUUUUUAGCGCGAAAACCGGUGUCAAUUUGGAGAAUCCAUCCACCGUAAAGGAAUUUGAAGACAACGACCAACCGACAAACCACGACACCGCCCUCAUUUAAAUAACGAAGGUAGAGCAAUCUGAUUCUCUGUACGCCUUUCGAUUUCAUUCUGACAAUUUAUCCAGGACACGAUGUCGACCUUCGAGCCAGUCAUCACGAUCGAUGCCAAGGGUCACCUUCUUGGUCGACUUGCAAGCACUGUUGCAAAGCAGUUGCUCAACGGCCAGAAGAUCGUCGUUGUACGAUGUGAGGCCUUGAACAUCUCUGGAGAGUUCUUCCGUGCGAAGCUCAAGUACCACGCCUACCUCCGAAAGAUGACCAGAUACAACCCAACCCGUGGAGGUCCUUUCCAUUUCCGUGCCCCAUCCAGAAUCUUCUACAAGACCGUCCGUGGUAUGAUUCCUCACAAGACCGCCCGUGGUGCCGCCGCCAUGGAGAGACUUAAGGUUUUCGAGGGUGUCCCACCUCCAUACGACAAAGUCAAGCGCGUUGUCGUUCCCCAAGCUUUGAGAGUGUUGAGAUUGAAGCCUGGACGCAAAUACUGCACUGUCGGUAGAUUGAGCCACGAGGUCGGAUGGAAAUACCAAGAUGUUGUCGCUAGACUUGAGGAGAGAAGAAAGGUUAAGAGCGCAGCAUACUACGAGCGCAAGAAGGCAGCACGCAAGCAGCUUUCAGAAGCCCAGAAGUCCGCUAAGAUCGACGAUAAGACCAAGACUGAGUUGGCUGCUCUCGGCUAUUAAAUCUCCUGGACCUUAUUUGAUGUGAUUUUGCGCUGCUGGGUGGAUGGAUUGGGUUGUUUAACGGUUUCUUCUUUUCAACAAUAACAACGUCAAUGCUUUGUUCUACCAUUCAUUGGGAGAUCUCAAGGCCUGGUAUUCAUUUACCAUAUACACAAUAUUGGGAAAUGCUGUAAUGGCAAAAGGAGUCUGAUGCAGCAAGGAACUCUGAUGUGUAUUGCUUCGGCUUGCAUGCAGUUCAUAGCAAAAUGAAAAGCCCAAGGCAUGAAUCAAGAAUGAAUACGUUGCGUUUGGUCUUGUGGAAAUGGAAGUGGAAUUGUGAAAAAUAAUAUUGAAAUCCAUUUUAGUUACAGUUUAUGAAUGAGCAUCGGUUUGGUACAAGUUACUUUAAAUUCUUUGUGAAUUCAAAGAGCAGUUUUGGAGAGAGUAUGAUGGAACUUUUGAAAAUUGAGCUUAUAAGAAGAUCAUCACGAUAUGAUGUAAUUUGUUGGCUACCUUUUAACAGCUCAAUUGAUAUACCCCAUAGGUAGAACCAAAGAUUUCUAGAUUCCCAAACUUCUAAGGAUUCAACCAUUCACCAUUUCCAAUUUGAUGGAGUGAUUCA